UUCAGGCUGCUGGGGGGGUUGUGCUGGCCGUGGCCCCCCGGGGGAUCAGCCUGUCCCUGCCCCGGCGUGGGGCACCGGGGUGAUGCACCAGGGGAGGUGGGCACGGUACCACCACAGUGCAACAGUGCCGGCGGCGAGGGACUCUGGGGGAAAAGACUCCGGGGAGAGAGGCUGGUUUUCUGCCUAACAGGGACCCCAACCUGUGGGACACGGGGACAGACACAGUAGGGAAGUGACAAACUCACAGGGUCCGUCUGCUCCCGCCGCCUCCCGGGUCCCUCCUGGGCUCGGGGCAGCCACGGUCUCCAGAGAGGAAGGGGUCUGGGUGAGACAGCAGGUUCAGCGCGACAGCCGCCCACCCUGGCCCGCUCCCCUUUGCCUUGCCCCUCCCACCACGACCCCAGAGUCUCUCACCCACCCGAACAGCCCCUGCCCGGGUGCCAGCACCCUCUGUCCCACCCGUGGCCGCUGAGAUCAGAGGGGUCCCCACCAGCGCAGCCUUCACCCAAAUCCAGCUGGAGCCUUCCCCAUCCCACCCUCCAUGCACACCCGGCCUCCCCCCUCCCCUCGGGCAGCGCAGUACCUUCCCCCUUGCUCCAGCCCCAGAGCUGGGCAAGCAGUGGCCACAGGCACCCGGAGCCCGUGGGGAGGGAGGCAACAGGCAGCAGCUUGCAUGGUGGCAGGAGACACUGUCCCUUCUGACGCUACAGACCCUCGGUAACUCCCCGCAGCUCCCACCCUGCACAAAACCAGCAGCCCCGGGAGCGGGGUGGAGCUGCAGCGCUGCGAGCGGAGCUCCUCGCAGGGCCAUGGGAACGUGAGCACACAGGAGGGAACUGGGCGAGAAGCCGCGAGCCCUGGGUAGGUGACAGCCGGCCCCCACCAUGGUGUCCAUGGGGCUGCAGCUGCUGGGCUACACCGUGGCCUUCCUGGGCUACAUCGGCACGCUGACGGCCACGCUGCUGCCCAGCUGGAAGACCAGCUCCUACAUCGGCUCCAGCAUCGUGACAGCCGUGAGCUUCACCAAGGGGCUGUGGAUGGAGUGCGCCACGUACAGCACGGGCAUCACCCAGUGUGACAUCUACAGCUCCCUGCUCAACCUGCCUGCCGACAUCCAGGCGGCUCAAGCCCUGAUGGUGAGCUCCUGUGCCGUGUCCUCCCUCGCCUGCCUCCUCGCCAUCGUGGGCAUGAGGUGCACUGUCUUCAACCAGGGCUCGCCGGGCAAGGACCGGGUGGCAGUGGCGGGCGGCGCAGUCUUCAUCCUCGGGGGGCUGCUCUGCUUCAUCCCGCUGGUGUGGAACAUCCACGUGGUGCUGCGGGAUUUCCGCAACCCCGUGCUCCCCGACAGCAUGAAGUUCGAGCUCGGGGAGGCUCUUUACCUGGGCAUCAUCUCCUCCCUCCUCUCCCUCGUCGGUGGCUUCAUCCUCUGCACCUCCUGCCCUGCCCGGGACCCAGCAGCCACCUACACCUACCAGCCCCAGCUGCUGGUGAGCAAGAGCCCCCAGCCCUCUGUCAGCCAGGUGCAGAAGCCCAAGAGUGAGGUCAACUCCUACAACCUGACGGGAUAUGUGUAGUGGCCGCAGGUGGGAACCAGGCUGGCACCUCUCCCGGCUCCCCAGAGCGCCUGGGCUGGCACCAAGGGAGAGCGGUAAGAGGAGAGGACACGGCGGCAUCACCUGUGCUCAGCCCUCUCACGUGCUGGGUGGGGGGGUCAACCCUGCUCUCUCCCUGGGGAUCCUGAGAGCCUUGUGACUGCUUGGAGAUCCCAGCUGGUGGCUUAUGUUUUUGAAGGACCCUGAAUCCGGCUUCUGUUUCCUGCUCCAUGCUGCCAGCCCGCAGGCAGCCCCUGGCACAGCAGGACCCCAGCCUGCAGCCCCAAUGAACCUAUCUGUAUGGGAGGGGUGGGCUUGUGGCCCCAGGGACCAGCCCCCUGGCCACGGAGACAUCACAGCAGGGUCAAGGGCAUCACGGAGUCGCUGCUGGGGGGGUUGAGUGCUGGUUGCAAACAGAUGUCGCAAUAAAUUUGUCUUUCUA